CCCCUGUGUUGUGAGCACGGCCCAGGGCGGACUUUGGCCUCUGUGCUGCCAGACCUGUCCCUCAGCAGCCCGGAGGGAAUGGCAGGCUGUGUCCAGCUGCUCCUGAUCCUCCUGGUCUUCCAGAGCGCCGAGCCCUCAGUAUUUCUUUCUGCCUCAAAAGCAAAUGAAGUUCUGGUAAGAUGGAAGCGUGCUGGCUCCUAUCUUUUUGAAGAGCUCUUUGAGGGAAAUUUGGAAAAAGAAUGUUAUGAAGAAAUUUGUAACCAUGAAGAAGCAAGAGAAGUAUUUGAAAAUGACAUGAUCACUGAUGAAUUUUGGAAAAUCUAUAUGGGUGGCUCCCCGUGUAUCUCUCAGCCCUGCCUCAACAAUGGGUCGUGCCAGGACAACAUCCACAGCUACAAAUGCACCUGCUCCUCGGGCUAUGAGGGCAGGGACUGCGCCUUCGCUAAAAAUGAAUGUCAUCAGUUGAGGACUGAUGGGUGUCAACACUUUUGCCACCCGGGACAGGCGUCCUACAUGUGCAGCUGUGCAAAAGGGUAUAAACUGGGCCAGGACCACAAAUCGUGCAUCCCACAUGAGAAGUGUGCGUGUGGAAUCCUGAAUUCUGUCACAGAAGCACAGAACAGCACACAGAAUCUUCAAAUUUUCCCAUGGCAGGUAAAACUAACAAAUUCCAAAGGAAAAGACUUCUGUGGUGGUGUUAUAAUACAGGAAAAUUUUGUACUGACAACAGCAAAAUGUUCACUGUUACACAGAAAUAUUAGUGUGAAAACAAGUAACUUUUCCCAGAACAAACAAGGACCCCUGAUGAUUGAGGUGAAGAGCAUCCACGUGCACAUGAGGUACGACGAAGAGACAGGGGACAAUGACAUCUCGCUAUUGGAGCUGGAGCUGCCCAUCCAGUGCCCGGACGUGGGGCUCCCCAUCUGUAAGCCCGAGGGGGACUUUGCAGAGCAUAUCCUCAUCCCGGAGACAGGGGGCCUCCUCACUGGCUGGACACUGAAUGGCUCUGAGCUGGGCAACACGCUGACACAGAUGCCAGUUAUGCCCAUGGACAGCGAGGAGUGUGGCAGAGCCCUUAAUGUGACAGUCACGACGAGGACGUACUGUGAGAGUGGAGCAGCGGCCACAGGGGUGCAAUGGGUAGAGGGCAGUGCAGUCGCCAGAAAACACAAAGGGACCUGGUUCCUGACAGGGAUUCUGUGCUCAACACCCACAGAAGAGUACAGAAGUGUGUUUCUUUUCACCAAGGUUUCAAGAUACUCACUCUGGUUUAGACAAAUCAUGAACUGACUAAACCCAGCUAACCAGAAAGAAUAAAAUAUGCAGUGGGAUUCCAAAUUUUAACUGCGAGCAUGGAGUUAAAUUGAAAUUUCACAGCAGAACAGUUGUGACAGUUUCUGAACAACCCACCCAGUCUACAAAUCAUCAGUUAUCGCUUACGAGAUCAGAGUGCUGUGACAGUUCUUUCCUUGGGACUUUUUUUUAUCUAAACAGAGACCUUAAGAGAAUCCGAGAUACAUUAAAUAAUAAAAAUGUAUUUGUUGAUCAGAACAACCCAGUUUCUUAAAAAUGCUC